UCAGAGAUCAGCUGUGAUUCUCUGGUCUCAGCUCUGAAGUCCAACCCCUCCCAUCUGAAACAUCUGGACCUGAGUCACAACGAGCUGCAGGUUUCAGCAGUGAAGUCUCUAUCAGAUCUUGUGGAGAGUCCAGACUGCAGCCUGCAGACUCUGAAAACCAACGUUAAGGUGUUUGAAGCUUCCAGAAACAAAACCUGGGUCUCUGACGUCAAACUGGAGCAGAACACAGCAAACACAGAGCCUGACCUUUCUGAGGAUGAACCGAAGCUGAUGACGAGUUCAUCGAGCUUCACACCUGAAAUGCAAACAGAGUCUGCACAGAUCUUAUACAGGUUCAGGUGUCCUGGCCCAGGUGUGUUCCAGUGUACUCAGACUGGACUGGUGUUUGCUAUGGCUAAAGGGGCGGAGCUGCGGUACAGGAUCGUUCAAUGGGAUGAGAGCCGCCUCACACCAGCCGGCAAGAUGGCUGCAGGACCGCUGUUCAGCAUUCAGUGUUCUGAGGAUGCAGUUCGUCGGCUCCACUUCCCACACUGUGAGACAGAGGAUGCGCUGCGUCUGGACAACCAGCUGUCUGUUGUCCACUUCACUGACGAAGGAAUGAGCAUGUUGAAGCCGCUGCAGAUCACUGACACCCAUGUGGUCGUGGAGGUCGCUCACCUCUCUCUCUUCGGCCUCAUCUGGAAUACGAUUGAAAGAACGCUCUCACUCCCAGUACGUGGCCAAGUGGUGCUGUUCCUCCGGCCUCCAGGGAGAGCGCCUCGGACACUUCAUGUGUUUCUGCUGCAGAAAAACGUCCCUGUGGAACAGGUUGCUGCCAAACAAGGAAAAGCAGAAUACAUCCCGAUCUCAGCUGAGUGUUUUUUGAACACUGGUCAGAAUUACAGUGUCCUCUGUGAACAGGAGGGUUUGGAAAUACAGCCCCUGAGGGCAAGCUUUUUCUCACAUUUUGGACCAAACUUCCACCCAACAUUUGAGGUUUUCCUGACGACAGACCCAGAUAAAGUGACUUUGAUGGUCCAGGACCAAGAGAGGACGGAAGUCUGGAGACGUCAUGUUUAUGUGAGAGAUCCUAAACGGGACACAGAGCAGAGAGUCCCACCACAGGAGUGGCUGUUUGCAGUUCGGACAGAGUUGGUUCAGGGAUUGUCAGACGUUACUGUCAACCAGCUGCUGGACCGACUCUAUGGGAACGGUGUCAUCAAUGAAGAAGAGAAGAACGCCAUCAGAGCACAGAUGGGAGCUGAUAAAGCCAGGGAACUCAUCGACAGGGUUCGCAAUAAGGGACAUGAUGCCGCUUCAGCUCUGACCACUGCUCUUAAUGAGGUCGAUUCAUUCCUUUUCAGAAACCUGAACCUGAGGCAAAAGCAAGAAAGUGUGCAGUUGCGAUGAUAACCCCUGUAAGAGCUGGCCUGUUCACACUCUCAGAUUGCCUUUGAAGGAGAAGCUCUGUUGUUUAAAGCAGCUAUGUUAGGGAACGGUCUUUGACUGUAACUGUUACCCAGUGUUUGUCAAAGUGUGGGGCGCACCCCCCUGGGGGGCCGCAGAGGCAUUUGUGGGGGAGAGCGUCUAAUGUGCUGAACUAGUGUUUUACUGUUCAGGUCAGCAGCAUCACUGGUUCACCACAAACUCAUGUCUCUGAACUGUAUAACCGCUGUGUGAUCAGGAAAGCCCUCCUGAUCACAGAGGACCCUCUCAGCCCUCCAUCAGUCCUUCCAGCUACUCCCAUCAGGCAGACGCUACAAAGUCCCACUGGCCUCAAACACAUCUAUUAAACAUCCUUCAUUCCCACUGCAGUAACCACCCUGACCAAGAUGAAAUCAGACACUGAACAGGACGUUUUAUCGGCUGCUGUUUCUUUUAGACGUCUGUGCUUUGUGAGCUCAUGUCUUAAGUGUGUUUUCAUAUGUGUCGUAUUUUUAUUGUUGGAGCCUCGUCAAAGGAGAAUUUCUGUCACUGAUUGGGACAGACAACAAGUCUAUCUAUCUAUCUAUCUAUCUAUCUAUCUAUCUAUCUAUCUAUCUAUCUAUCUAUCUAUC